AUGGCAUUCUCAAUCAAUCUUUUACGACCUCAAAGCCCUCGCGCGGACCCUCCGAACCAUUUGGAAAGCUACGAUAGCUCGUCGAGUACGGAUUCUGAGGACACUGCGAGGCACACAAGAUCGAGAGCAGCCUUCGUUCCUUCAACUUCCGCAACCGGCUCCUCGGAUUCGCCGCGUUCUACCGUUUUCUUGUUUCCACCCACCCGACCCAUCGGACGCUCGCCAGUUUCCUCCACCGCAUCGUCUACCCCUGUGCCGUCGCGUUCAACCUCACCCCUUCCACAGUUUUAUCCCCCAAACCACUCUUCUUCAUGUCCGUCUGAUACGGAUAGCGAGCCUCACUCACCUUUGAUGAGGGGAAGCCCGAACUUGCAUCCUUGGUGGAGAGACAACAGACGAGGAUGGUGGUCCACCUCACGGCGUCGGCGGAAGAGAAGUGGAUACGUGGCUAGAACGCUAAAAAGAUGGAUGCGACGCGUGCUUCGUCAUCCAUUCUUUCCGUCGCAGCCAAUAACGAUUGUUCUAACCUUGAUCCUACUAUCGGUCUUUGCAAUCUUCUUAACCCUUUUGCUAAUAUACAUCCUCAAUCCUGACAAAGAACCGCUACCAUGGCGAGCAUAUUGUUCCAUUCCAUCCCUGGCUCCCCCGCACGAGCUAUCCGCGCCGUUUUCGCCUCAUAUUUACCCCGAGAUCAUUCCAGGACAGUUGCUGACGCCCUUCCCACCACCCAAUUUCGACUCCCUUACCCCGGCCGGUGUUUUCAUUGGGGUCUUUUCGGUUGACUCUGCGUUUGAGCGUCGGAUGCUUGUGAGGACCACGUGGGCCAGUCAUCCUAGAAGCAGGAGAGGAGCAGGUGGCGGAGACGAUGGGACUGGAACGUCGCGUACACUGGUGCGUUUUAUUGUCGGACAACCUAGGAAGGAUUGGGAACGCAGGAUAAAAUUAGAGAUAGAAAUGUACAACGAUAUCGUCAUCCUUCCCAUGCCAGAAAACAUGAACGGCGGGAAAUCGCAUACCUUCUUCUCUUGGGCUUCCAUCAAUGCCUGGGUACCACCUGUUUAUGGGCAAUUCGAAAUUCCACCACGCCAAUUUUCAUACUCAAAUUAUACAGCAUUGCCCCCAUCAAUUGCACCUCACGACCCUGUUCAAGUAUGGGAGAACAUACAUUCCAGCAAGCCCAGACCUUGGGUACGACCCGAUUUUGUUGUCAAAGUGGAUGAUGACUCUUUCGUCAUGCUUGCCGAACUGGAAUCCCGGUUGCGCGUAGAGCUACAUAUGAAGCAAAAGAGCCACAACAACACCACCCCUCACCAAGAAGACAUUUCUUCCAAACCUGGCACUCAUAAUACCAUGCACAAUAUAACAUCCCUACUUCCAUCACCGCAUCCUUUGUUGCAUGUGCGCCAAGAUGUCAACGAUGACCCCUUGAUCUACUGGGGUUAUUUGGUCACUAACAGACUCCACCAAUUUAUGGCUGGUGAACUCUACGCGCUAAGCUGGAGUUUGGUGGAGUGGGUUGCCAAAGAUCCGAUGGUCAAAACUUUGGUGCGAGGGGCAGAAGAUAAGCAGACUUCGAAAUGGAUGCGCGCUCAUCCACGCGCUUCCGAGGUGAGGUGGACUAGUGAGCAUUGUUGGAUUUACGAUCAUCCUCGCUCAGGGACAGUAUACUCGCAUGGAUUCCUCUUUCCUUCGGAAGCUGCGAGGAUACGACGUAGCAUGCAGGCCUACCUAGAAAAGAUGACUCAGCCGGGAGUUACUACCCAAAUACCUGCCACGGGAGGUAGUCUAGCUCCGACACCUGCUGCAUGGGCGCAUUCGAGCGUUUCCACAUUCGGUGUGAGGUAUACUCCGCCAAUUCCGGAAUUAACGUCUACACAAAGCGUCGAAGCACUCGUAGAAGGCAGCGACAUGUCGAUGAUACGAGAAGGGAGCCCGAUGACGCCCGAGUAUGCGUGGACACACCGCGAGGGCAGGAAGACUCGAUACGAAGGAAAACGCGUUGGCGGGACCAUCGUGGUGCACUUUAUCAAGAAAAACAUGUGGUACCUCGAAACUGCGCUUGCGCUGUUGGAAGGCGAAGAGUUCUCAGAGGCAGAAAAGUAUGAAUCUCAGCGGGCUGCUCAGGAUGCUGCUCACGUGGCGCAUUUGAGCCGGCGACGACGGUGA